AUGACGUCAUUUAUUGAUAGUCUUGCAGCUAAUGAAAAAACAGCAGUGAUUAUCGAUAUUGGACACGCGUAUACAAAAUGUGGAUCUGCUGGUAAUUCUGCACCGCGUCAUAUCAUUCCAACGACGGUUACAAUCAAUGGCAAUACACAACGUGUUUUUGAUGAUAGUUCUGAUCUAACCAGUUUACGUGAGCGUCUUACUGAAUUUAUACGAUUAAUAUAUUAUAAAUAUAAUAUCGCAAACUGUCGAGAACGACGUGUUGUAAUUAUUGAAUCAGUUAUUUCACCGACAAGUUUCCGACAUUUAUUAGCGGAAAUUCUAUUAAAACAAUUUGAAGCAUCAUCUCUAGCAUUUGUUCCAUCACAUCUCGGUGCUACGUAUACAUUAGGUCGAAGCACAGCACUCGUUCUUGAUGUUGGCUAUAAAGAAGCUCAAAUUAUGCCUGUAGCUGAAGGUGUACCAUUAGCAGUUCAAUUUGAGAGUUUACCAUAUGCUGGCCAAGCUAUUCAUAAACAAAUUGAAUUAUUACUUCGACAACAUGCUUUAGUUAUUCAACAAGGUCAAAAACAGCCAUUCAACGAAGCUAAUAUCACAUUGCCCGAAGAUGUUUUGGAAGAUAUCAAAGUUCGCUGUUGUUUUAUCUCACCAUUUCCUCGAGCACAAAUCUACGCUAAAAGCAAAUUAGGUUCAGAUGAACCAAUUAAAGAAGCGUCAUCAGUUGAUUAUCCAUUGGGCGCAGAAACAAUUAUACAUAUUCCAGGCAUUGUUAGAGAAUUCGCAUGUGAAGUUCUAUUUGAACAAGAUAUCGACGGAAAAUCUGUUGCAACAUUAAUACUCGAUAGUCUACUUGAAUCGUCACUUGAUCUUCGUCGACAAUUUGCCGAUAAUAUUCUUGUUAUUGGUGGUACAGCAAUGAUGCCUGGAUUUCUACAUCGACUCAAUGCUGAAUUAAAUCAUCUUGUCAAUAUUGCAACAUAUGUAAAUAAAUUAGCAAUAAAACAAUUUCAUUUUCAUUCUCCACCAGCAAAUCUAAACUUUACUGCUUGGCUCGGAGGCUCGAUCUUAGGUUCACUUGAUACACUUGAAUCUCAAUCAAUUAUACGCGAAAAAUAUCUAGAGAAUGGAAUUGUACCUGAUUGGUUUACUGGCGAACAAGCUGCAUAA